GCGCUUCGUGUUUUCUCCCUCCAGUACCAGGUGGGGCAGCUCUUCUCGGUGGCGGAGGCCAGUAAGGACAACACCGGGGGAGGAGAAGGGAUCGAAGUCCUGAAGAACGAGCCGUACGAGCGGGACGGAGAGAAGGGGCAGUACACACACAAGAUCUACCACCUGCAGAGUAAGGUCCCCAGCUUUGUGAAGAUGUUGGCCCCAGAGGGAUCGCUGGUGUUUCAUGAGAAGGCCUGGAACGCGUAUCCGUACUGCCGCACCAUCGUCACUAACGAAUACAUGAAAGACGACUUCUUCAUCAAAAUCGAGACCUGGCAUAAACCUGAUUUGGGAAAUUUGGAAAACGUUCACGGGCUGGACGCUGAGACCUGGAAGGAGGUGGAGGUCAUCCCUAUCGACAUCGCGGACCGCUCCGACAUCUCCGAGGACGACUAUAAACCAGAAGAAGAUCCCGCCAUCUUCAGGUCGGAGAAGACGGGGAGAGGACCCUUAAAUAAGGACUGGAUGAAAGAAGUGCAGAACAACCCCUCGUGCCCCCACAUGUGUGCCUACAAGCUGGUCACCGUCAAGUUCCGGUGGUGGGGGCUGCAGGGCAGAAUGGAGAAAUUCAUCCACAAGCAAGAGAAACGCCUCUUCACAAACUUUCACCGCCAGCUCUUCUGCUCAUUGGACAGGUGGGUGGACUUGAACAUGGAGGAUAUCCGUCGAAUGGAGGACGAGACACAGAGAGAACUUGACGAGAUGAGGCAGAAAGGAACGGUCAGAGGGAUGACUGCCAAAGAUGAAUAAAGGCCUGGGGUCCGAGCAUUGAACAGAUUCCUCUCAUACAGAGUCUGGACCGUCGUCCUCUCAUUGGCUGAACUGUGUAGGGGGCGUGUCAAGGUGUCAUGAAAGGGGGAAGAGCCGCUGACCCCUCCCCUGCGGAUCCUGUUCCUUUUGAUCUUUUUGACUCUUCGGCCUCUUAUAAAAAAAACAUUUUUAUUAUUAUUAUUUUUUCCCCCAUCAUCCAAUGCCCUAUCAGCUGUCCAGGUCAUUUCUAGGCUACGUUAACCCCUUCACUGCCACUGGACUAGACUGCCCUCCAGCAGAGUUAACCCUUCCUUGCCGGUAACGGACACUCAGAGGUGGUAAAUACGCCCGCCCGCCUCCCGUUUUUACAGACCGUCAUCUUUUACCUACAAAGAGUCGAAAAUAUGCAAAAAAAAAGAUUUAUUAUAAAGGCAUCUGGUGCUUCUACAAUCACUGUUCUCCAGCAGCACAGGGGUUAAGGGGUGCUUCACCAUCCAAAUGUAAGGGGGUUGAUGGUGCCAUUUCUUCUCCUCAUGGAUCGUUCCAUUUAGGGGUGGGGGGUCUUGGUUCCGCCUUCUCUGGUGCUCCCCGGUAGAAGAGAGGCCAAUGGGGAGCAGUACGGGGCCACUCACUUUACGUAGGGGCCAGAUGUGGUGAGCCGCGGAGGGACCAGGAGAGAUGUUCACCGGGGUGGUGGGCGGGGCUGUACAUGCCUAUUGUGGGAGGGGCUUUAGUAACUUUGUUUUUUUUUUUCUAUGGUAUCAUGU